GUGUGGAACUGCAUUAUGUGAAAUUCUUAAAAUUUGCAUCAGUGCAUACAUGAUAGCGUAAUAAUACUUCUGGGAAAAUACUUUCAAAAUAUAAUUCCAGGUCAGUUCUAGUUCGGUCAUUUGACCCUCAUCUUUAAUUGGGUAGUUCCUUUCUUGUUUAUACGUUUUCAUAUAUUGAUCUCUUGGGCUAAUUUCACUAAUUAAGUUUGUUGCAGUUCCUCUCACUGUAAUCAUAAGGAAAUUGGAGGGUGGUAAACAACACUAUUAACAAUUAAAUCUAAUGAUAAUUUUUGUUUGAUAAUGGCAGUUUGGUCACUGUAUUUUGAAAGGAUUUACCGGAAGUCUUCAUAUAAUAUCAUCUGCGCAUUGAUGCUAGUUUUGUUGCAGUUCCUGAGUGCAGCCACUAGAGGGCAGUGAACGCCUCUCUCUGUUAGCACUGAUGACUUUCUCACUGUGUAGCUACCACGGCUACAGCCCGGCUGCUAAUUCAUCCCUUGUUUCGAUUUAUUUAUCUCUAAAGCUUCGUGUCAGCGUUUGAAAAUGCAUUGGUUUCCAAAAAUAUUAAAUGUAAUGCCAAAGGAAAGUGCUGUUUUUCGCAGGAAGACAAACUAAUAUCCUACAUGAAGCCUACAUUUAAACGGAUAUUGGAUUGUUUCAGUGGUCGUUUUUAAAAGCAUCUAAAAGACUUUUCUCUGGUCGCCCACAGCAACACGUCCCUCUGCUAAUUUGCUGCUGCUCCUUGUCAGAUCGGGAGAGAGCUGAUCAGAAUCGAUUAUAAGUAAUGAACCGACUGUUCGUGACUACCUCACACAACCCCACGUCAAUAAAACCUGAACUGUCCCUUUAAUAUGAGACUCUGUUUAUCUGAGUGAGUUAAUAAUUACUGGUUUUUACUGCCAUCCAGUGGCCACAGAGAUAAACUGCAGCACCUGAUCCAUUUUUGAGGAUUUUGUGAUCAGAUUCAUGUGCAACUCAUUUCAUCAUAGUGAGAUUAUUACAAGCAACAAUAGCAACAUCUGCAUUGGUGGUCAUUGUAUUAUUAAAGGCUGUUUCCUGGGGAGGAGACCGGUCUCCACUACGUGACAACUCUUCUUCACUGUUAUUAUUUCAGGGGGGUUUUCGUCGCAUCUCUCUGCUCCUCCGCGGACUGUGUCUGCACCGAUGCUUCCUUCGCUCUGGUGGAAAUUAAAUGACAAUUAAAAACAAAAAGGAAAUCCGAGUCGCAGCGACAACGUACGGAAACUGUUCUGUAUUCUCGGCCAUCGAAUCACCGGCAGGUCAAAGGCUUUUUUUUUUUUUUAUCAUAGUCUCCGUUAGGAUGUCAUCAUCUGAAAAUGCUGCGUCACAUGAAGCCUGUGAAGCAUCACCUCCUGCAGCAGAGGCAGAACCUCUGAGGAUUGUUCUGUUGGGGAGGACGGGAACAGGCAGAAGCUCCUCGGGCAACACCAUCCUGGGCAGGUCUGCGUUCUGGGUCGACACCUCCCCCUGUUCUGUCACCGCCCAGUGCAAGAGGCAGACCGGGACAGUAAAUGAGCGAAGCAUCUCUGUGAUCGACACUCCGGGGUUCUUCCACACAGGGCUUCCCCCGCAGGAAGUCAUGGCAGAAGUGGGGCGGUGCGUCGUCCUGUCCUCUCCGGGACCCCACGCCUUCGUGGUGACCCUGCGGCCCGGAAGGUUCACACCGGAGGAGAGAGACGGCUUGGAGUGGAUCAGAGCUACAUUUGGGCCUGGAGCCUCCAGGUUCAUCGUGGUGCUGUUCACCUGGGGGGACCAGCUGCAGGGCAAACGCAUCAAGGACUUCCUGGAGGAGAGCCAGGAGCUGCUGGAGUUUGUCAGCAGCUGCCACGGCGGGUAUCACGUCUUUGAUAACAGCGAACAGGUCAAGACCACGGAGAGCACACAACAGGUGGCACAGCUACUGAAGAAGGUAGACAAGAUUGUGGCAGACAACGGAGGCGGUUGCUAUAGCAACGAGAUGUUUAAGGAGGCUGAGAGGGCCAUCAGGGAGGCACAACAGAGGAUUCUGGGAGAAACAGGACCAAGGGUGGAGUCCCCUCAGAAGGAGGCCGAAGACAGAGAGGAGCAGGGACCAGAGUUGGAAAGGCGGAGGAGGAGGGAAGAGGAGCAGAGGAAGAGGGAGGAGGAGGAGGCCAGGAAGAGGGCGGAGCGGCUCUUCUGGUGCGAGCUGCUGACUGCGCUGGGGAAAGGCGCUGCAGAGGGAGCAGGGAUCAUGGAGAAGGACAAAGGGAAAGGGAAAGCUGUGAAGAAGGUGAAGGUGGUGGAGAAGGCGGCGGCUCUGGCAGCAACGCCGCUCUCCAUCACUUCUGCUGCCAAAGCGGUGGGAGGGGCUGUGAGAGAGGGAGGUAAGGUGUUAUACAAACACCGAAAAACCUUCCUGCACUGAUGGGAAACGUGCACUUCAGGAUACAAGGACAGAGAAGUGACUGUGUGAAACUUCACUUUUUCCACUGUGUCUUGGUUUAACAUUGACCUUAUGCACCAGCACUUUCAGACCAUAAUGUUAAAUAAGAAUGCAUGCAUAUAUUUGUGUGUGUGUGUGUGUGUGUGUGUGUGGACUGUAAAAAAACACACACCUCUGAAUAGAGAGAAAUCACGUUAUAAUAAAAGUAAUGUCAUAAAAACAGUGUGCAAUUCAACUUUCUGCCAGUAACACGUUUGCAAGUGUCAAUCCUUUUGUAUAUCAAAGCUUUUACACAAAUUCAAGACCCUCCACUGACAUUUUCGUACUUCUUUUUUCUGCGUGACAACAGAACAGUUCAGUCAGGGAGACGACCCCGGAAACAAAUUGAUUAGCCCUUUUUCUCCCAUGAAAGAAACACUGAAAUACAAAAAGACAAUAAUGAAGAGGAAAUAGUAAAAGUUAACAUAUUUGGCAAAGAGGAAAAAAUAAAGUUAGCACAUAGCACAGUAAACUAUUCAGGGAGGGUCUAACAUUACAGAAUAGGAAGCCACUGUGAAAGAUUAUAGAUGAGAAAUUUACAAAUACUACAGUAUUUGUGUUUACUGCAAAUCACUGGGCAAGAUUGAGUUUGGAUAAAAUGUAGGAAACUUUGAUUUGAAAGUCUGGGGACUCUUACAGCUGUAACACAGGAUGCACUGGUGCUGACAAACGCUGCAACCUCAGGUACAUCUCUGUGGAUUCAACAGGGGGGACAGUAAGCACAAAUACAGUUUCCAUAGUGUUACUAACUUGCCUGAAUUUAAAUUCCAUGUGCACAUCAAGUGUAACAUUUGCAUUUU